AUGAGGGCGGGACCGCUGGCCCUGGCCCUAGGGCUGGCGCUGCUGGUGGCUUACGCAGCCCCAACAUCAGCGGCCUCACGUUCAGCAAAGGACUGGAAGCUGAACUGCGCAGACCCCGCUCUGGGCGACGCAGUGAUCGAGUACACGCCCUUGUAUGGUGCACCAAACCUCACCGACUCGGCAUGGCACGAUGACACGUGGGCGUUUAUGCAGUAUGGCCCGAUCACUGCCAUGAGCCUCUACUACUCAGUGCUGUGGCAUGACCCCUACAUUGGUUGGCACCCUGGGGGUGAAUUCAAGGGGAUCCAGCCUGUGUAUGGCACCAACGGGACCGACGACCUGGACCUGCUGUUCGGCGCCAAAAAGCCCCACAAGCCAUUCAACUUCACAUUGGCGCCGGGGGAGAAAAUUGUCAAGGUCGUCCUGCAGCACGACGAGGUGAUGCGCUGGAUCUCAUUCACAACGAACCUCGGAAACAAGUACGAGUGGGGCUACAAGGACUACCAGGCCAACACCACGACGACCACGAGCCUCGCGCCGCGCGACGGCGCUUACCUGGCUGCAUUCCGCGGGUUUGAGGGGAAGCAGCUGCCCCAGGAGCUGGGCGGUUACAAGAAGCGGUACAUCAUCCAGCUGGGCUUUGUCUGGGCCAUGCCAAACUGCACCGGCUACGCCUGGACGCCGCCCGUCGUCGCGCCGCCGCCGCCGUCAGGGUUUUUUGGCCUGUUCAGCGGCCUGUUUGGCCAGCGGCGCUGCGAGUGA